AUGGCCGAGACGGUGUUCGCUCCGUGUUUGGAAGGGAUGAAGCACGUCAGGUCGGACAGCGGGGUCAUGCUCGCCAAGCCCUUCCUUGAUGUCUGCAAGCAAAUCUUGCCUGUCCUGGAUAAAUUUGGUGCUGCUAUGGCAAUUGUGAAGAGUGAUAUUGGAGGUAAUAUCACGAGGUUGGAGAACAAGUACUCUUCAGACCCGACAAAAUAUGAGCACUUGUACACCAUGGUCCAAGAAGAAGUUGAAAAGAAGACCGCAAAAGGUUCAUCAAGCUGCACAAAUGGACUUCUAUGGCUCACGAGGGCUAUGGACUUCCUUGUUGAACUGUUCCGUAAUCUGCUUGACCAUCCAGACUGGACUAUGAGUCAAGCAUGUACUGAUUCAUACACAAAAACUCUGAAGAAAUGGCAUGGCUGGCUCGCCAGCUCCAGUUUUACGGUGGCUAUGAAGCUUGCUCCUAACAAAGAUAAAUUUAUGGAGGUAAUUAGUGGAACGGGUGACAUCAAAGCAGACAUUGAGAAAUUCUGCACCACCUUUUAUCCCUUUCUUAAGGAGAAUCAUGACUUCCUGGCCAGUGUUGGACUCGAUGACAUGAAGGCUUCUUGA